CGGGGUAGGUUCCCUUAAAACUAUCUACCCGCUACAGGGAAAUCCAAUUGGGCAAUCAUGAACUUCACUUUGGCGCGGUUAGUACUCAACCCUGAAGUCUUUUCCAAAACUGCAAGUACCGGGAGAAACUAUAGCAGCUACCUUCUUUUCACCCCCCACUCCCAGAAAAGAAAGUUUUCUGCUUUUGCGUUGAACACCGAACGUGAAACAUCUGGUGAAGAGGUGUUGGUGGUUGUUGGUGGAGGAGCAGCUGGAAUUUAUGGAGCCGUUAGAGCCAAGACUGUUGCACCUAAGCUUAAUAUUCUUGUCAUAGAGAAGGGGAAGCCUCUAUCAAAGGUGAAAAUUUCUGGGGGAGGCAGGUGCAAUGUGACAAAUGGUCAUUGUGCUGAUAAUAAGAUUUUUGCAGGGCACUAUCCUAGAGGUCAUAAAGAAUUUAGAGGAUCUUUCUUUAAUGUGCAUGGGCCGUUGGAUACCAUGUCCUGGUUUUCUGAUCAUGGGGUGGAACUGAAGACUGAGGAUGAUGGAAGGGUGUUUCCUGUCAGUAACAGUUCUUCUUCGGUAAUUGAUUGUCUCUUGUCUGAAGCAAAGUGUCAGCGAGUUUCUCUGCAGACUGGAAAAGUUGUAACAACUGCAUCUGCUAAUGCUGGUGGAAAGUUCCUUCUCAAGGUUGAGAAGCGUACAAUCAACUUGGUUGAAUCUAUUGAAGCUGAUUAUCUAUUAAUUGCUAGUGGAAGUAGUAAGCAGGGUCAUAGUCUUGCAGCUCAGCUAGGUCAUUCAAUUGUAGAUCCAGUACCUAGCUUAUUCACUUUCAAAGUUGUAGAUUCACAAUUAACAGAGUUGUCUGGGGUCACGUUCGAAAAGGUCAUAGCAAAACUUAAAUUAGAAAAUGUGCAAAAGAAUAGUCCACAUCUUACACAGGUUGGCCCCAUGUUAGUCACACAUUGGGGACUUAGUGGGCCAGUAAUUCUUCGGCUAUCUGCUUGGGGUGCCCGUGACCUGUUCAGUUCAGGUUACAAAGGGAUACUUAUGGUGGAUUUUGUACCUGAUUUACAUAUAGAAGAUAUGAAGUCAAUUCUUAGUAAACACAAGAAACAGUGUGUGAAGCAAAAGGUGAUCAAUUCAUGUCCUUCAGAAUUUAGCCUUGUGAAAAGAUUCUGGAAAUAUAUAUUAGACCGUGAGUGUUUAUGUGGAGAUACCUUGUGGGCUUCCAUUUCAAACAACUCUCUAAUUUCUAUUGCUCAUCUUCUAAAGCAUUGUACAUUUGAAGUGACUGGGAAGGGCCAAUUCAAGGAUGAGUUCGUCACUGCUGGUGGUGUUCCAUUGUCUGAGGUUUCUUUGAACACAAUGGAAAGCAAAAUACGUUCAAAUUUAUUCUUUGCCGGAGAGGUACUAAAUGUCGAUGGUGUAACUGGGGGUUUCAAUUUCCAGAAUGCUUGGUCUGGAGGAUACAUCGCCGGAACAAGUAUAGGUAAACUAGCAAGUAAUACUGCUCUGAAAGAGAGACAAUAGGCUUAAUGCGAGUAAUAUUCAAUCUCAAAAACUCUUGUAGAAUGAUAAAUUUAAAAU